CUUUGGUGGAAUCUUCUCUGGUGGAGACUCUAGCAUCAUACAAUAGAGCUUAGUUAGGACUGUUAGAAAACCACUGUCAAGUGGACUUUCUCUAGUUAGACACCUGUCUUGAACGGGAAGCACAUUUAUCUGAGUAGUAAAGAAGUUAGCUGUUGCUUACAUUGUUGUACUCAUUGUAAUAUAACUUUGAGAAGCUUUUAAAAACAAAACCUUGGUUUUGAGUUCUUAAAUGGUUUGAGUUCUCUCCCCAGUCUGACUGUACCCACCUCCCCUUAUACACCAAGUCGAAUUCAUUAGUCUUCUCCAAUCGUCUCUGCCUAAUCGACAGAAGAUCGAAUCGGUAAAGGGAGACUAACGACUGGGCGGAAAGGAGUGCUCUGCCACGGGGGCCUUGAGAGUGGGCCUCGGCCCAUACCCAUCUGGUGCCCUUAUCUCCAGUGCCGUCCUUCAGAGCAGGCCUAUAAAGGCGGAGCGCCGAGCCAUCUACUCGCCGCCGUCUCAGCGCCCCAAAAAGUCAUGCUGCCUGCCGUGCUGAAGCUGUGCUGUGGAAUUACCUACCCCCACUCCAGAAGCAUGGCAGGAUUGCAGCGCACUGCCAUCGCAGUGAUUGGAGCUGGCACCCCUGCGGACCUGCAGAGGGGCGGCCAAGCCGGCCUUCCUCGUUGGUGGCCACGUGGCAUGUCAUCGCCAUGGCAGCCGGCAGGCAGCGAGGCGUGCCACAGUGGAGAGAGACGCAGGAGCCUGAAGGAGGAGGAGGUGAAGGAGGAGGAGGUGACGGAGGAGGAGGGGACGCUGGUGCAGCAAGGCCAGGAGGCGCUGAAAAAGGCACUGGCCAUCCUGGAGGACAAAAAAGGGUGGAACACAGAGAUCUCUGAGGAGAAUGGAGUCAUCGUUUACAGCAAGGUGUUGCCCGGGGCUAAGAAGGUGUUCCGUCUGGAGGCUGAGCUGGAGGCCAGUCCCGAGAAGCUGCACGACAUCCUGUUUGUCAAAGUGGAGGAAAUGAACGUGUGGAACCCCAAUGUCGGCCGCAUCAAAAUCCUGAGACGCAUCAAUGCGGAAACCAUGGUGACGCACGAGGUGUCCGCAGAGACAGCGGGCAAUCUGAUUGGCCAGAGGGACUUCUUGAGCAUUAGGCACUGCAGCCGAGAGGACUCGCGUAUAUAUCUGGCCGGAACAGCUACUCAUCUGGAUACACUACCUCCUCAGAGCGGCUUUGUCAGGGCUGAAGAUGGGCCGACCUGCAUCAUCCUGCAGGCCGCGGACAGUGACACAGGCAGGAGCCGUUUGACGUGGCUGCUCAACAUGGAUGUGAAGGGCUGGCUGCCAAAGUCCAUUGUCAAUCAAGCGUUGCCACGGGCACAGGUAGAUUUCACCAGACACCUGCGCCGGCGUCUGGCCGAGGCAUCUGCUCCGCGGUGGGGGGUUCGUCGGCGAAGUGGCAACCCGGGGCUGGGAGACGAGGGGUGCUUUGGAGCGGCUGACAGAAUCGGAGCAGCGAUGUAGCAUUCCACUCCCAGGAGGACCCCUUCGCCACAUCUCAGCUGCUACCUGAAACCACAGGCGGGGGACGCCGCACUUCCCUGGGAUGCCACACUGUGAAGUGGCACCUGUCAAGAUUGACUUCCUAAUGCCAGCCACCUGUGGGGGGGACCCAGCCUUGCGCUGUCAACGCCUGUAGGUAUACACUUGGUAGAGCUCCCAAACAACCUGAAAACACAAACCUCGUCGUUGAGCUGGUUUUCAUCUGGGUAGUGAGUUUCAGAGCCUGUCUGCCUGACCAGAUGUUUGUGUAUGGACUGGAGUGAGCCGGUCUGUGUACUGAACAAUAACAAGGACCCAGCACUCAAUUUGAGAUCACAGUGAAUCUAGCUCCCCCUUACUGAUACAGGUUUGUGCUCCAAGUGUGUGCUCCAAUGCCCUAUUCAGCUAUGCAACACACUUAUAUAUAUAUAUAUAUAACACUUGAAAAAAAGCUGCCUCUCGAGCCCAAUCUGGGGACAGAGAUACAAUAUUUAAUAAAAAUAAAUAAAAAUAAAAA